AUGUCUACCGCCAUCAAUGCCGUCCCCUUCGCUGAGCCGGCCUACCUCAGGGGCCUCCCGUCGCCGUACUUCCGCCAGACGCACCUGGACUUCCAAAAGCGAUGUCGCGCCUUCAUGAACGAGCACUUCAUCCCGUACGCCCUCGAGUGGGAAACCCAAGGCACCGUGCCCGAGCACGUGUGGCACACGUUCAACAAGCACAACAUGCUGAUUCCGAACUUGAAGUCCCCCUUGCCGGUGGACUGGCUGAAGAGGCUGGGCAUCAACGACAUCCUUGGCGUCCCCGUCGAGCAGUGGGACUAUCUACACACGGCCAUCUGGGUGGACGAACGGGCGAGGACAGGCAUAUCCGGCCCCGGCUCCAGCCUCUCGCCCGGCUUCGCGUACGGCAUUCCCCCGAUCCUCAGCUUCGGGUCCCCGGCCCUACAGGAGAAAUUCCUCCCGGCAAUGCUCACGGGCCAAGUGCGCGCCUGCAUCGCCAUCACCGAACCGCACGCCGGGUCCGACGUGGCGAACAUCCAAACCAAAGCCACCAAGACCGCAGACAAGCGCCACUACCUCGUCAACGGCACCAAGAAAUGGAUCACCAACGGCAUCUGGUCCGACUACGCGACCAUGGCGGUGCGGACCGGCGGGCCGGGCCCCAGUGGCAUCAGUCUCCUCGUGGUCCCGCUCAAGAACCACCCGGGAGUGACGAUGCGGCGGCUGCAAGUCAGCGGCCAGCAGGCCGGCGGGACGACGUACAUCGAGCUGGACGACGCGCGCGUGCCCGUGGAGAACCUGGUCGGCCAGGAGGGCCAGGGCAUGAAGUACAUCAUGACCAACUUCAACCACGAGCGCCUGCUCAUCGCCAUGGGCGUGACGCGCCAGGCCCGCGUCGCCCUGUCCACGGCCGUCGAGUACGCCAUGAAGCGCGAGGCCUUCGGCAAGACGCUGAUGGACCAGCCCGUCGUGCGCCACCGCCUGGCCAAGUGCGGCGCCGACCUCGAGAGCCUGCAGGCCUGGGUGUACGAGUUCGUGUACCAGCUCAACAACAUGACAAAAGCCGAGGCCGACGAGAGCCUGGGCGGGCCCACGGCCGCGCUCAAGGCCAAAGCCGGCAUGGUCUUCCGGGACUGCGCCGAGACGGCCGUCUUGGUCUUCGGAGGCAACGGAUACACGCGCACCGGCCAGGGCGAGCUGGUGGAGAAGAUCUACCGCGACGUCAUGGGUGCCAGGAUCCCCGGUGGCAGCGAGGAUGUCAUGUUAGAUCUGUCGAUUCGCCAGUUGGUCAAGGGCUUCAAGAAGCAGGCGAGCAGGCUGUGA